AUGGCUUUUGUCUACGAACCUCUGUCCGAUCCGUUCUCGAAUUUCAGACUUGUGGAAGUGAAGAGGUGGAAGCGUUGGGGACAAAUUCAAUGCACGAUCAAGGAGGUGACUCCUAGCAAGAAGAACACAUACGAGGCUAUCUCCUGCCUCCGAGUCAGUAAUGGAAAAGAGGAACAGCUGGAACAGAAGCAAAUUCGGCUUAACGGAAAGCAACACAACAUACCAGUCGCGGUGUAUCGUGUCCUUAAUAACGCACGAAACGGCCUAGCUAGAAAGAGAUUUUGGGUCGAGGCUAUUUGUGUCGACCAAAACAAUAUGAAGGAGAGGGAGGUGCAGCUAUCUAAGAAAGAUGAGAUCUAUAACGGCGCGACAGCUAUCAGGAUAUACAUCUACGAGACUGGCAUUAGUCAGGAUUUCGUGAGACAGAUUCCAAGUGGUCCGCCAAAGCGAAGUGUCUCAUAUGUCGGGCUCGGCGUACCCGCUGGUGUCAUCUCCUCACCACGCAUUGCAGUAAGACAUUUUGGCAAGCUUUGCAGCAAGAAAGAAGCAGCACCUUCCUCGAACAACAUUCAAAAAGAAGCAUUAUUAGAAUCAGACUUGGAACCCGAGCAGCCUUAUCACUACACGUCCAUUAUCGAUAUCCUGGAUCAAACAUACAGAUACGACAACCUGGACUGGACGAUAAGAUACCUCGAAAAUGCUAUUGAGACAGGUAAAACUACUGCCUAUCACCCUAAGUGGACUCGUUUCAGCCUCUUCCAUGAGACGAUCUUGCGAACCGAGACAACUCCUAUUGUAACAAGGUUCUCCAAAACUACCUGUGAUAUGCCUAUGGACUGGACUAAGGAAUCAGUAGGCAUUAGGGAGCAGCCACCUCGGUACGAGUACUGUUAG